AUGGACAUCAACUCUAUGCUUCGUGGGGUUCUCCCCACGGUGGCAGAAAACGUCUCUGCCGCCACAAAUAACACCUCCAGUCAGAACCACAUGCAGCCAAACGUCGUCGAGACCUUACUGCCGCUGCUUGGGCUGCGGGCCUUCAUGCCCAUGUACAGCUUCAUCGGCAAUUGGCUUGGUUUGGAUUUCACUUGGAUUCUGUCCUUUUUCGGUAUGAUUUGGGCGAUGAACAAACUGCUGCGCCAAGGCUAUGGCACUUUGUACGGCUUCAUCACGGAACACUUGCGGAGUAAUAUCCACAUCGGAAGCAACGACGACAUCUACGUACACCUAAUGAGAUGGCUUGCCCAGCAGCCCUUGAUGUUCAACUCAAGAUCACUGACUGCCGAGACUGUGAGCAAGACUGCAUGGGAAGAUGAGGAUGACUCAAACGUCUCUCGAGACCAAACCGGCGUCUACCUGAAUUUUUCCAACCAAGAAGCAAGAGCUCCUCCCCGCUUUAUUCCUGCAAUCGGAGUGCACAGUUUCAGGUGGAACGGCACGAAAUUCGGGCUACAUCGUAAACAAGAGUCCGUUUUCGAUGACGGUGCCAGCAGCGGGUUCUCGUCAUUCAAGGACCGAGAGGACUUAAUUAUCUCGUGCUUUGGCCGCAGUCCCGAACCUAUCAAGCAGCUUCUGAAGCACGUUAAGGAAUGCCAUUACAACAACCACCACGCCAGAACUAUUGUCAAGAGACCCAGCCCCCAGAAUCUGCGUCGAUAUGGUGGCCGCCACUGCUGGCAACAAGUUGCCGAUAGACCUAUCCGAGACAUGAAGACGGUUGUACUUGACAACCAGCAGAAAAUGCAGGUUCUGGCGGACAUCAACGAGUACCUGCACCCUGCCACCCCGCGCUGGUACGCCAACCGGGGCAUCCCGCUUCGUCGUGGCUACCUGUUCCAUGGUCCGCCGGGCACUGGCAAGACCAGUCUUUCCUUUGCCCUCGCCGGUGUGUUUGGGCUCGACAUAUACGUUAUAUCCCUCCUUGAACCUUCUCUUACCGAGGAGGAUUUGAGCGCACUCUUCAGCAGCCUGCCGCGUCGAUGUAUUGUCCUUCUCGAGGACAUCGACACAGCCGGCUUGAAGCGCCCUGCUGAGGAACUCGCUAAAGAUGAGGAGGCUAAGAGGACUCGCGGCAAGGGUGACCAGAAGGACACACCCAACGACUGGAAGGUCAGCGACUUGGCCAAAGCCCUUAAGAAGGAAGGCAAUGAUGACAAAAAGGGUAUAUCUCUCUCCGGUCUGCUGAAUGCCAUCGAUGGCGUGGCAUCACACGAGGGCCGCGUGCUGAUCAUGACCACCAACGUCCCGGAGUCCCUCGACGAGGCGCUGAUCCGGCCCGGCCGGGUCGAUCUACAGGUGGGCUUCACCAACGCCACCCGCUCGCAGGCCGAGGAGCUCUUCAUCCGCAUGUACGAGGCGGACCAGGGGCGUCGGCAACAGAGCGCGAACGGCUCGGCCACCAAGGCAAACGGCGCCGCCGACGGCCGCGCCGCAGAGCCCCUCGGCAACGGGCACGCCGUCCCGCCCGAGACGGAGAGCGCGAUCAAGUCGGGCGACCUUGAUAUAUCGGUGGAGCAGCUGCCGGGCGUGGCGCGCGAUUUCGCCGACAAGAUCCCCGAGUUCCAGUUCUCGCCCGCCGAGAUCCAGGGCUAUCUGCUCAAGCGCAAGAAGCACCCGCUCAAGGCGCUCAAGGAGGCCGACAAGUGGGUCGAGGCGCUGCAGCAGCAGAAGGCGUCCAAAUCCAAGGUUCUGCAGGUGCAGUAG